CCAACUAAAGUUGAUGAUUAGCUAGCGUGUCAAAAUUGAACCCCAAGCCAAAACAGGGGAAAUAAUAACAAGGGAAACAAGCAUUGUAAACCAGCGCCAACUCUGAAACCAUGCAGAGAAUGAGCUGCUCCUUCUUCUCAUUCUCAACACUAACCAUAAUUAUCAACUUCAUUCUCUUCAUCUCUUCCUCCCAUGCAACCACCAACCCCACCAUAUCCAUUUCCCCCGGCCAACCUCUCAAAGAUGGUCAAACUCUCAUCUCCUCCGAUGAGGUCUUCGAACUCGGUUUCUUCAGCCCCGGCAACUCUACCAACCGCUACGUCGGAAUAUGGUACUUUAACUUCUCUACAGACACAGUCUUAUGGGUAGCCAACCGUGAAACUCCAGUCACCGACCGUUCUGGCCUUCUCUCCAUCUCCGGUGAUGGAAAUCUUGUUAUCCUCGCCGGAGAAAACAAUACCAGCACCAGCACCAGAACCCCACUCUGGUCAUCCAAUGUUUCUUUAUCAUCAAACAUCUCUACAGCAACACUUCUCGGUACCGGAAACUUCAUCUUGAAUAACUCCGGCUCAACUGUCUGGCAAAGCUUUGAUCAUCCUACCGAUACUUAUCUUCCAGGAAUGAAAGUGGGAUUGAAUUUAAGGACAAAUGAAAACCAGCUGUUCACUUCUUGGAAAAGCGAGAAUGAUCCAGCACCAGGGAACUUCUCACUGGGCAUGGAUCCUACUCGUUCAACACAGAUAUUCAUGUGGGAAGGAACAAAGAAAAGGUGGAGAUCAGGGAGGUGGAAUGGCCAAGUGUUUAUUGGAAUUCAAAACAUGGUACCAACCUACAUCUAUGGAUUUAAGCUGAGCAAUUUUGAACAAGAGCAAAAGAUGUAUUUUUAUUACUCACAGUUCAACAGUUCUCACCGCUAUGUCUUGACUUGGGAAGGCAUAGAGAAGCAUUUGAUUUGGAAGAAUGAUACUCAACUUUGGGAAAUAUUCUGGGCACAACCUGUGACUGAAUGUGAGCAUUAUAAUAGGUGUGGGAAGUUUGCUCAAUGCACUGAUGAUGGGAUUGAGAACUCACUACCAAAUUGUGCUUGUUUGAAAGGUUAUGAACCUGUGAAUGAGGAGGAAUGGAAUGGAGGGAAUUGGUCUAGUGGGUGUGCUAAGAGGACUUUGUUUCAGUGUGAGAUGAAAAACCAAACUGAAGCUGAUGGGUUUUGGAAGAUGGAAGGAGUGAAGUUGCCGGAUUUGUCUGAUUGGUAUCAGAAUGUGGUUAGUGAGAGUUCUUGCCAGCAAGCUUGUUUGCAGAAUUGCUCAUGCAGGGGUUAUGCAUAUGUUUCUGGGAUUAAUUGCUUGAUCUGGGGGACGGAUUUGCUUGAUAUUCAUAUGUUUUCUAGUGGUGGUGAGGAUUUCUAUCUCCGGCUUGCGGCGUCAGAACUCGAGGACAACAGCAGCAGCAAGAAAUUAUCAACAUUUGUUGUUGUCAUUAUUGUUCUGGCUGCAAUCUUUUUAGUUGGAUGCACCUUUCUCUUGUGGAGGUACAGGACCAAAAUAAAAGGAUUCAUUAAACUAAAGAGUGACAGAACAUCACCAGUUGAUCAAAGCAGAAACAGAGAAGCAGCAGCAAAUUUUGCGAUCACAACCGAAACCGGGCACAAAGGAAAUGAUGGAAAAUAUGACGAGUUAUCCAUGAUGAGCUUUGAUUGUAUCGCGGCUUCAACUUCAAACUUCUCCUAUUUAAAUUUGCUCGGUGAAGGAGGAUUCGGUCCCGUCUACAAGGGGACACUUCCUGGAGGACAAGAAAUAGCUGUGAAAAGACUUUCCAGGAGUUCUGGGCAAGGCCUGGAGGAAUUCAAGAAUGAGAUCAUUUUGAUUGCUAAACUUCAGCACAGGAAUCUUGUUCGGCUUCUCGGAUGUUGCAUCGAAGGAGAGGAAAAAUUACUGGUCUAUGAAUACAUGCCUAACAGAAGCUUGGAUGCCUUCAUUUUCGAUUCAGCAAAGAAAGUAUUGCUUGAUUGGAAGAAACGGUUUGAAAUUAUUGAAGGCAUUGCGAGGGGGCUUCUUUACCUUCAUAGAGAUUCGCGUUUACGAAUCAUUCAUCGUGAUUUAAAAGCGAGCAACAUAUUGUUGGAUGAAGAGAUGAAGCCGAAGAUUUCAGAUUUCGGCCUUGCUCGUAUUUUUGGAAAUGAUGACAAUGAAACAAACACCAAGCGAGUGGCAGGAACAUAUGGAUAUAUGUCUCCAGAGUAUGCGAUGAAUGGACUUUUCUCAGUCAAAUCCGAUGUUUAUAGUUUUGGUGUGUUACUUCUGGAGAUUGUGAGCGGAAAAAGAAAUAGCAAGUACUACAACUCGGAAUUGUCAAUGAACCUUUUACCAUAUGCUUGGAAACUAUGGAACGAAGACAAUGUGUUGGAGUUUGUUGAACCAGAGAUUAAAAUGUCAUGUUCGAGAAGAGAAGUGUUUCGAUGUGUGAGUGUAGGGCUCUUAUGUGUGCAGGAUCGAGCACACGAUAGACCGACGAUGUCGUCGGUUGUGUUAAUGUUGGAGAGUGGAACUAGUAAUCAUCCAUUGCCAAAGCAGCCAACUUUUGCAGUAGAUACCAGUGAAACUGAUUCAUCUAGUUUUGAUCUGAGAGUGAAUUAUGGUUCUGGUUCCUCAAUCACUAUGUUGACUGGAAGGUAGAAGUUCCAUGAGUUACAAUAUUGUUUAUAGUUUAUACAUCAAUGCAGGUUAGAGAUCAUAGAACUAGUUUUGUAGCUGAGU